UUGAAGAUCAAGAAUUUGGAGCAUUGCUUUCGGAUGCCUCCCAGAAAGAAAUCUCGAGCAAGUUCAUCAUCAUCUGAUCCAUCUGAUACCGACAUAGAUAGACCUACUAUUUUAGCUAGAAUUGUGGGUCUUAACAUUCAUUUUGAGAGGGGAUUUCAGAUGAGUGCACUGCAUACAUAUCAUUCCACAGUCACCAUGUUAUCUGCAGUAGGUCUUAGGAGCAUGAUGACUAAACCCUUAGAAAAAGCCAACAUUUCAUUAGUGCAUGAGUUCUAUUCUGGAUGGGAGAUUGAUCCAGAUAGAGAAUAUUCAGCUUUUUCUAUCGUGAGGGGUGUUAGGGUUAUUUUCGAUCUUUCCACUAUCCGUGCUACCCUUGACCUUGCAGAGCCACCCACUGAUGUACCAGAUUACUUCCAUUUAGCCUCCACUUUACAGCCUGGUACACCAGAAUACAACAACAUGUCUGCAACCUUGUGUGGGAGGGUCUUUACAUCUAGUUUCGGUUCAGGAAAUCUCAAACCAGAAUAUAGAUUACUUAAUCUUUUCCUGAACUUUGAUUUGAAACCCACCACUGCAUACUCCGUCAUUACCCCACACGAUAUUCUCCUUCUCUUUUGGAUAGCCACUGGUCAGCGAUUUGAUAUAGCGAGGAUUAUAUUUAUAUGGAUGCGCUCAUCAGUGGAGAAUGUGUUAGAUUGGGUCAGGACACAGUCUGCAUCACGUACUCAGCUCAUUUACCCCUAUUUCAUCACUAGACUCUGCCAUAGAUUUCAUGUUCCAGUAUUCGCAGAGGAUAGGUUAGAAGCAGGGAAGGGGUUACUAAAUGAUCAGACUGUGAGGAGGAGCAUUUCAGGGCGAGAUCAGUCCGGUCCUUCAGGUAGAGAGCCUCCUCAGCACCAGCCAGCUACACAUGACCCCACUCGAGAGGAGAUGGAUACGAUGCGGAGUCGCAUGGACAGAAUGCAGAUACAGAUACACAGGAUGCAGCGGGAUAUACACGAGAUGCAUGGUCAGAUUAGCUACUCUACCGAUACCCUGCCAGCUGAUUUCCCAGGAGAGGAUGAGGCGGGACCGAGUUCAGCAGCUGCCGCUGAUGAUGUGGAUGACGAUAUAUCAGGAGAUGAGCAGUGA